AUGGGACUGUGGGUGCGUCUGUGCCCUUGCGUCUGCGGGGCGGACUGGCCUGGGCAGUUGCUGCGGUGGUGUCUGCGGAAGCUAGGCUUUGAGGGAUAUUUGACGCAGCUGGAUCGCCCUGAACUCCAUCAGCGGCGUUUAGGGAACCUCGUUGUUCGCGCGAGAGCUUUUCAGCAGCAGCACCCGCAUCACCCGCAACAGGAGACGGCAGCCAACGCCGCGUUGAAUGUGUCGAAAUGGACGAAUUGCGUGGUGCCGUCUAUCAGUGACAGCGACGGAAUGCCCACCUUUCUCUUUCCCCUUGCCCUCGUGAUGCUCAUCACGGCUGCGAAGGACGCCUACGAAAACGUCAAGAGAGCUCAAGCCGACAGAACCGAGAACAUGCGCGAGUGCUCCAUUUGCAUGCCAGAGGGCCUCCAACGCGUGCAGUGGCAAAGUCUAAAGCCUGGGGAUGUCAUCAAGCUGCACGCUGACGAGGCCGUUCCAGCCGAUGUGGUGCUGCUCAACUGCUCAGACGCAUGCGGUGUCGCCUACGUAGAGACUGUCCAGCUAGACGGAGAAACGAACCUCAAAAACAAAACGUGUCUUCCUCCAAUCGCCAUGAGGGUCAUGAACGAUGAAGAUGCCGGAAAUAUCAACUUGGAGGUGCACUAUGAGGCUCCCUCCGCUGAGCUGUACAAAUUCUCUGGGACGUUGCUGCUGCUGCCCCCGAAGGCACGUUCGUCGGUGCUUGUUGCUGCGGGAGGAGAGACUCUCAAUGCGGCUGGCUCUGCCGGAUGGAAUUUGCAUCCUGCUGUUUCGCCUUUCGCGUCCACGCACAGCAGUGGUGGCAACGGGGGUGUUAUGCACGAGCUUCCGGAUGGGGUCUGCCCCCCCCCCGAAGAGCAGCAGCUCGACAGCGAGGUGGAGAGACGCGGGAGCAACAUGGCGCCUAGUCCGAAGGAUUUGCCUCGGGAGAACGAGCAGCAGCAGCAGCAGCGGCAGAGCGGUCUGCACGGUCCAGCGGGAAGCCUCUCGCUGACUAUGCAGCCUCCGCAGCAGCAGCGGCAGCAGCAGCAGCAGCAGUACGCAGUAGACAUCUCGCAGUUCAUCUGGCGAGGUGCAACAGUGCGCAGCACUGAGUGGAUGUAUGGCCUCGUGGUCUACACUGGACACCACACACGCAUUAUGAAGAAUACCAAACAAAGGGAGCUCAAAUACUCCAGAACGCAAGUGGUAUACAAUCAGCAUGCCGUCUUCUUGGCAAUUGCACAGUUUGUCCUCUGCGUGAUUGCUGCCGUCGUGUAUGCCUCGAAGAAUCAGCACAUCUCUGACAAUGCCUGGUAUCUCGAUACGCGUUGGGAGUCUGGCAUUUCCAAUUUCUUGUCGUCGCUCGGCGUGGCUUUUGGCCGCUACGUGCUGCUGCUGAGUUACUUCGUACCGAUAACGCUGCUCGUUCAGCUGGAAGUGUGUCGGUGGUGUCAAGCGGGAUUCUUGUCUUCGGAUAUGCGCAUGAAAGGGCUUGAAGGCUUUGGAGGCGCAACGGCGCAGUCUGUUGCACUCAUGGACGAGCUGGGAAGUGUGACACACGUCUUUUCAGACAAAACAGGAACGCUGACUCAGAACCUCAUGCAAUUCAGAUGCAUCGCCAUCGAUGACGAGCUCUAUGGAUACGAUGAAUUCCAGGAAGAGGUAGGCUCCGCCGCUAAAUCCUUCGUGGUGUCGGAGAGUUGCAGCGAGAUUCGCUGCAUGCAGUCUCGCGGCUCGUCGAUUUCUCUAGGAGGCGAUCAGUACCUGCACAAGGGGGUAAAGAGGCAAUCUACGGCGUUAGACAAGACAGUUUGCCCAAAUAAUCAUGUAUCCUUUAACGCCAAAGCCUUUGCAGAUCGCAUUGCUGCAGCCUCAGACUCCCACCAACGAAAGGCGCGUGACGCCCUCAUGGUUUUGGCCCUCUGUCACUCGGUUCUUCCCAAGCCAGCAGCGCGUCUGCCUGAGCCUCUCGAUCUCGGAGUUGCCUCUGAGAGGACUCAUUCGGAAGCUGAGGGAGAAGCCUCCGCUGCAGCAGCGGAUGCAGCAACUGCUGCAGCACCAGAUGACGGAAGGCGAGAAUCAGCGGCAGCUUCGGCUGCAGCAAAUCGAAAAAGAUCGAGAGCAGCUGCGCAAGCACAGACGAAUGUUCAACUGUGCUGUUUUCCCUUGGAUCCGGAGGCAGCAUACGACGCUUCAAGUCCAGACGAGCUAGCUUUGACUGCCGCAGCGAAGCACCUUGGCGCAGAAUUUAUAUGCAGGCCAAAUUUGAACACGAUCCAGCUAGCCGUGCGGUCUGAGCUCGCCUCUCAGGCGCUUUUAAGCGAAGCUGACGCGAGACAUGUUGCAGCCUUGCGCGGAGCGUACCAGGAGAGCGAUCGGCAGACGUCGGGGGAGAUGCACGACAAGGACGUGGUGCCUGUGGUGAAUGUGGAAUUGUUGGAAGUCUUGGAAUUCGACAACUACCGAAAGCGCAUGUCGGCAGUCAUUAGAGACAGGAGCGGCUUCCUCCGCCUGCUGGUGAAAGGGGCAGACAGCAGCAUGUUCGCCAUCGCUGCUCGAGAUCAGGAAGAGACUCUAAAAUUGUGCAAACAACAACUCGCAGAGAUGGCACAGAGGGGCCUAAGAACGCUCGUCCUUGGGCAACGCUUCAUCUCAAAAAGACAAUUCGAGCGAUACCAGGUGACGCUGACUAGCCAGCAGGAAUAUCGUCGCUUUACUUUAAUUGGUGGACCGUGGCUAAUGCAGGG